GUGGCCUCCUGCGUCCUGACGGUCUGAAACCUGGCCGGCCUUCCAGGAUCCAGCCCCUAUUUAUGGUUCUGCUCCACGGCCUCACUGGACUGUGGAGGUGGAAAGAAGCAGAGUGAGUGACAGGGAGAGUCAGACAGAAGCAGGAUGGCAACAGGGACGCGCUAUGCCGGGAAGGUGGUGGUUGUGACAGGAGGCGGGCGCGGCAUUGGAGCCGGGAUCGCGAGAGCCUUCGUGCAAAACGGGGCCCAAGUGGUUAUCUGUGACAAAGAUGAGUCUGGGGGCCGGGCCCUGGAGCAGGAGCUUACUGGAACUGUCUUUAUCCUCUGUGAUGUGACCCGGGAGAAAGAUGUGCAGACUCUCAUUUCUGAGACUGUCCGUCGUUUUGGCCGUCUGGAUUGUGUAGUCAACAACGCUGGCUACCAUCCACCUCCGCAGUGGCCCGAGGAGACCUCUGCCGAGGGCUUCAGGCAGCUGUUGGAGCUGAACCUGCUGGGGACAUACACCGUGACCAAGUUUGCCCUCCCCCACCUGCGGAAGAGCCAGGGGAAUAUUAUCAACAUCUCCAGUCUGGUGGGGGCCAUCGGCCAGGUCCAGGCAGUUCCCUAUGUGGCCACCAAGGGGGCAGUAACAGCCAUGACCAAAGCUUUGGCCCUGGAUGAGAGUCGAUAUGGCGUCCGGGUCAACUGCAUCUCCCCAGGAAACAUCUGGACCCCAAUGUGGGAGGGGCUGGCAGCCUUAACGCCUGACCCCGCUGCCACAGUCUUACAGGGCACAAUGAACCAGCCCCUGGGCCGCCUGGGCCAGCCAGCUGAGGUGGGGGCUGCUGCCGUGUUCCUGGCCUCUGAAGCCACCUUCUGCACCGGGAUUGAGCUGCUUGUGACCGGGGGUGCAGAGCUGGGGUAUGGGCAGAAGGCCAUGAAGGGCACCCUCGUGGAGGUCCCCACCAUCCCUUCCUGAUUCCCACAUUUCCACUUGGGCCUUCCUAAGAUUCUCACCCACAAAUUCAGUCUCCCAGAUUUCAGCUUCUCCCAUCCUGCCUCUUAGGUGCAGACCCCAACUCUAGACAUUAAGCCCACUUACCAAUGUGCCUAACCACCCCACAAGUUCCCAUAAAAGUAGUUUGCAGCC